AUGGACCUCAUGAGUUCUCGAUUCAAACUCGGUUUUGGCAGGAAGAAACAGCCUAACGCUCCCACCCCCGUGAAUCCUCCAGCCCUCCCUCCAAACAGUCCUCCCCCACCCUCCGGUCGCAGUUCCUCAACUGCAAGUCUACCAAUGAGCAAUCAAAACGUACAGGGUCGCCCGCCAAGUUAUCGCCCAACGAGCCCGCCCAGUCAGCCAUCCAUCAACACCAACCUGCCUUACCAGCCCAGCGCUCCUGCGAAUGGUCCCCCGGGCUAUGGAUUGCAACAACAGAUGGGCACCAACCUUCCAAUGCCAAUGCAGAACACAAACUACCCAGGCCGUAACCCGGCAGUUGAGGUCGAGGGCGCGGGUCGCAGCAAGGCUCAACUGAUCGUGGGCAUUGACUUCGGUACAACGUUCUCAGGUGUCGCAUACGCGUUCGCAACCAACAACGAGGCAAGAGAAGACAUCAUUACAGAAUGGCCUGGCGCCGGAACCCACACCAAACAAAAGAUCCCCACUGUCCUCUAUUACGACCAGUACCAAAAGGUGGUAGGAUGGGGGCCCGACAUCGCCGAUGCGCUCGCUCCGACCGGCUACCCCAAGCCUGGGGUACAAAAGGUGGAAUGGUUCAAGCUACAGCUGAUGCUCUCCGGGAACACAUAUAUCGACCCCAUCAACCUGCCUCCUCUACCCCCCGGCAAAUCCGAAAUCGACGUUGCCGCCGACUACCUUUUCAAGCUCAGACAGGCUGUGCGCGCCCAGUUACUCAAAACGCUCGGAGAGGUGUUCACUCGCGAGGAACGCAAUAUCAAGUACUACCUCACGGUACCGGCUAUCUGGAAUGAUGCAGGCAAAGCCGCGACUCGGACUGCCGCCAUUCAGGCCGGUUUCCUGCGCGACGAGAACGACAACCGCCUCACGCUCGUUUCCGAGCCUGAAGCGGCUGCCCUGUUUUGCGCCAAGAGCGGUCUGUUGAACCUCAAGGUCGGCGAUGCGAUCUUGAUCGUUGAUUGCGGUGGUGGUACCGUCGAUUUGAUCGCGUACGAGGUCGAAGAAGAAUCGCCUUUCAGCGUGAUGGAGUGCACUGCUGGAUCUGGUGACUCCUGCGGUUCUACGGCAUUGAACCGCAACUUCAGUAACAUUUUGCGCGCGAAGAUUCGCAAGAUGAAACUGCCAGAUGGCUCGCGCACUGCUGGCAAGGUCUACGCGAAGUGUAUCAUGGACUUUGAAAAUCGCAUCAAGGCAGACUUCCGCAACAACGGACAAAAAUGGGCCGUGGAUGUCGGUAUUGAGGCUGACUUCCCCGAUGCUGGUAUUGAGGACGGUUUCAUGACAUUUACGAACGAGGAGAUUCUGCAGUGCUUCGAGCCGGUUGUGAAUCGCAUUCUUGAGCUGGUUCGCAACCAGAUCAUCGCGAUUCAAGCACAGAACCGCGCACUUCAGAACGUUCUGGUCGUCGGUGGAUUCGGUGCUUCAGAAUACCUCUUCCAGCAGAUCAAGCUCCAUGUACCUCCCCAGUAUCAAACAAAGGUUGUCCGGCCCAUGGACUCCGUGGCCGCGAUUGUCAAGGGUGCGGUCACAGCAGGUAUUACCGAGCGAGUCAUCACGCACCGUGUUGCCCGUCGCCACUACCUGAUGGCCACUCUCCAGCCCUUCAAGGAGGGAUACCACCCGGAGCAAUACCGCGUGCCCAGUCUGGAUGGCCGAGAUCGAUGCAAAUACACCCGUCAAAUCUUCGUCCAAAAGGGUGAGCGUGUUCGAAUUGGCGAGCCAGUCAAGGUCAGCUUCUUCCGCCAAGUCGCGCCGGGCGCCACCCUCAUGUACGAGGAUGUCCUGUAUGCCUGCGACGAGGACGUCUGCCCUGAAUACACCAAGGAUCCACGCAUCAAGGAAGUUGUCACUUUAACAUCCGACCUCUCACGGAAGAACCUAGAGACCGACUUUGAGCGCAUGGACACACCUCAAGGAAUCUUCUACCGAGUCUACUUCGACAUCUACCUGACGCUAGACGGCAGCGAAUUUAGCGCCGAACUAGUCUGCCAAAAUGAGAUCAUGGGCCGCUGCCGUGCUAAGUUCAGGUGA